AUGCCGUCCAUACACAACAAGGACAAGCCGUGGGAUACCGACGAUAUCGACAAGUGGAAGGUCGACCCCUUCACCAAGGAUGAAUCAUCCGGCCCCUUCCUCGAGGAGUCUUCUUUCAUGACCCUUUUCCCCAAGUACCGAGAGCGUUACCUACGAGACUCGUGGCCUCUCAUCACCAAGGCCCUCGACAAGCAAGGCAUCACCGCAGUUCUCGAUUUGGUGGAGGGUUCCAUGACAGUAAAGACAACAAGAAAGACAUUCGACCCCGCAGCCAUCCUCAACGCCCGCGAUCUCAUCAAGUUGCUGGCCCGUUCAGUACCAGCCCCCCAAGCGAUCAAGAUUCUCGAAGACGGCAUGGCCUGCGACAUCAUCAAGAUCCGCAGCAUGGUACGGAACAAGGAGCGAUUCGUCAAGAGACGCCAAAGAAUUCUCGGACAGAACGGCACAACACUCAAAGCUCUCGAGCUUCUCACACAAACAUACAUUCUCGUACACGGCAACACAGUGUCGGUAAUGGGUCCUUUCAAGGGUCUCAAGGAGGUCAGGAGGGUUGUCGAGGACACCAUGAACAACGUUCACCCUAUUUACAUGAUUAAGGAGUUGAUGAUCAAGCGCGAACUCGCAAAGGAUCCCGCCCUCGCCCACGAAGACUGGUCCCGCUACCUCCCCAACUUCAAGAAGCGCACGCUCUCCAAGCGUCGCGUCCCCCACGUCGUCAGCGACAAGGCCAAGAAGAACUACACACCCUUCCCGCCCGCACCCGAGAAGAGCAAGGUGGAUCUCCAGAUCGAGUCCGGCGAGUACUUCCUCGGCAAGGAGGCCAAGCAGCGCGUCGCCGAACAGGAGCGCGCCGAGAAGGCCAAGGCGAAGAAGGAGGAGAAGAAGCGCGAGAGGGAGAAGGAGUACGUGCCGCCCGAGGAGGCGGGGGACAAGAAGGUGAAGAAGAGGAAGACGGAGAAGAGCAGCGAAUGA